AUGACGCGCGGAGCGCGCGAGAGAGACGCGCGGGCGCGCGCGGGCGCGCGGGAUGAGACGUCGGUGUCGCGAGACGCCGGCGACGUCGGCGACCGGGGUCGCGAGACGACGCGCGGCGGACCGCGAGAAGAUUUGGAGGGUUUGUUCGGCGCGGAUUACUCGGGCGACGGGCUGUCGACGCAAGGUGAGGCUGUCGUGAAAGGUGUGGCCGCGGUUGAGGAUAAACCGAGCGGGAUGACGCUGGAUGUGGAUUACUUGCAAGAGCUCAUCGCGAUUCAAGAGGACUGCCCGAAGGAAAUCGGCUUCUUCGGGACGAGGAAUAUGGGUUUCAUGCACCAGCAGUUGAUUGAAAUUUUGGCGUACGCGCUUUGUUUGACGGGGAAUCACAUAUACACGAGUGGUGCCACCGGGACGAACGCGGCGGUGAUCAGAGGGGCGCUUCGCGCCGAGCAGCCCGAAUUGCUCACAGUGGUUUUACCGCAAAGUCUGGCCAAGCAACCGCGAGAAUCGAGGGAGCUGUUGGAGGGCGUGGCGCAAAUCGUCGAAGCCCCGGAGAACGACGGCAUGCCUCUCGUAGAGGCGUCGAGGAUAUGCAACGACACGAUCGUGAGUAAGGUGAAACAAAUCAUCGUCUUCGCUUUUCACGAUUCCAGACUUUUGCUCGAAACGUGCCGCAACGCGAAAACUAUGCGAAAGCUCGUCACCUUGUUCUAUCUGGAUUGA